CGUAGGCCCAUAUAUGCCGUCCGAUCCAAAUCGUUUUGGAUCCAACGGGAGAGAGCUCCCCAUCCGAGCUAUAAAAGAAUCAUCUCUCUCUCCUCCUAAACCCUAGUCGCCGCCCACACACACAUCCCCCACCAUCCCCGCCGCCGCAGGCGAGAAACCUCAGGUAAGGGCGGGCGGCAGCCGCCGGAGCCGGGCGCGCCUGCCAAGAUGCAGAUCUUCGUGAAGACCCUGACGGGGAAGACCAUCACGCUGGAGGUGGAGUCCUCGGACACCAUCGACAACGUGAAGGCCAAGAUCCAGGACAAGGAGGGCAUCCCGCCGGACCAGCAGCGGCUCAUCUUCGCGGGGAAGCAGCUGGAGGAUGGGCGCACCCUGGCCGACUACAACAUCCAGAAGGAGUCGACGCUGCACCUGGUGCUCCGCCUGAGGGGAGGCGCCAAGAAGCGCAAGAAGAAGACGUACACCAAGCCCAAGAAGAUCAAGCACAAGCACAAGAAGGUGAAGCUCGCCGUGCUCCAGUUCUACAAGGUGGACGACGCCACCGGCAAGGUCACCCGCCUCCGCAAGGAGUGCCCCAACGCCGAGUGCGGCGCCGGGGUCUUCAUGGCCAACCACUUCGACCGCCACUACUGCGGUAAGUGCGGCCUCACCUACGUCUACAACCAGCAGGCGUAGAGGAGAAAGAAGGGAAAUGGAAAGUCUUGCUAGGUGAUGAUAAUCUUCUUUUUUUCGUUUUGUUUUGUCGCGUGUUAGUAGUUUUGUUGGAAUUGGAACAGAACACCUGCUGCAUCUCUCUCUUAUGGCGAGGAUGCCAACUUUUGUUUUGAUCAUAUCAUGUCGUUAUGGGUCCUGUCAAGCACUCACUGUUGAAUUCGAGUUAUGUUUGGGUUAAUCUUAUACUAUGUUUUCAUUUCA